AUGGCUUUCUCAGAUCACAUCACCCAUCGCGGUGCUUCUUCGUCUUCUCGGCGCUGGGACAACAAACAGCAGGCACAGCAGGACCUUCUUUCUCCACAUCUUCACAGGGCGCACCUGAAUCUCGACCUCGAUCUUGACCGCGCGUACCCCUCAGACCGAAAAUAUUCUCGACGACCUAGCGCGGUCGCUAAAGAUGCGCCGCGACCUCGUAGCAACUUUCGCCUGACUAGAACUUUGAAAGACGCGUUCGAUGCAACAUCGCGAACAAUCAACAUGGACACAAACGUCGGCGCCAGUUCGGUACCACCGGUCACCACAACUGACCGUACCCCGAGUCCAAAGCACCGACAUCAACGAAGUUACACCCUACCCUCACCGUACACCGAAGUCACCAGCCCUCCGCCCGUCGAAAUCCUAGAAACGUACCAGAGAAUCACCGAUGCAGACGACUUGGCAGAUUUAGUUUCCGAGGAUGACCGAGACUUUCCAGACCAUGGAGUAUCCCGGAAAAGCUCUAGCGAGCGGAGGAGGCGCGAUUCUCCUGGAUCUUUGAACAAUCGUCGCACUCGAAAUGAGAUUUUGGACCCAGGUUUUAGCUACCUCGACGAUGCUCCAGAUGAUUACGUGCGUGGAAAUCUAUCAACCUACAAACGCGACGAGGAGCGUUUGAGUCGCGUGACAACGAGUCAAUCGCCGGUUUUCAGUAGAGCUAGGGUUGGGUCGAGAGCGGAGGGGUUGCAAAGACGUGAUUCUGAUCCACCGGCAGAAGACACCGGCCAAGAUCUUGGUGGGGAUGAUGGUGUUCUUGGAUUGAACGUACCCAAGACCUGGGGAAACAAAUCGAGGAGCCAUCGGCAGUGGUUAACCUCCAUUACAGGCGACACCCCUCGUGCUGAUACUUCUGCACGCAACACUGAACGAGAAACAAGAGCCAGGAUUGGGUCCAGAAGUCGUUCACCUCAUUUUACAGAUAGAUCUCCUUCUCGGCUUGAUCGAAAAACCAGUCAAGAACUUGCGUCGAGAUCGGAGAGGUCUCGUUUGGGAGCUCCUCCAGCAGACGGUCUUCACAACAGUGCGCGGUCCAGAUCGCGAUCACUGGGAAGAAAUGGUCUAAAUGGUGACACUAUCCCAAACACACCGAUCACCAUCUACAAAUCAACAGGCAAAGAUCCUUCUCAGAAACAACGGAGUGACUCUCGGGAAUUGCUCCGCAAAUUAGCCCGCACCGAAAGUCCUCCACAGAGCACGCCCGCACAACAAAAGAUAGAAAAGACGCCACUUCCGCAAAAAACACCUGUUGUGAUAGGGGCUUGGGUCGAUACACCCAUGACUGUACGGAAUACGGAAAAAAAUGGAGAGGACGACACCAAAGAGAUCGAAUCGCCAAGCAAGACAGCUUCGAAGUCCGGCGUAAUUCCACCAACGAAAGAUUCACAGCCGGGUAUUACUGCGAACUUGCCCAAAGAUAAACCAGCUGAUAAGACUAUGACUAAGCCCAAAAUACAAGAGCCUUCUUCAAAGUCUAAUGUAUUGACUGAAAAAUCGGCAAACAUCGAUAAUAAGAAACAGCCGAAGCCAGAACUCGUCAAGCCCAAGUUACCAAAAAGUGCUCUAGAGACGUUUAUCGAGGAUGCAAAAGCGAAUGGCAAUCCUCUAUCAUUGGGUGAUGACACAAUCGCUUCUCUAGAGGGAUUGAUGGAUAGCACGGAUGAUAAAUCACCUUCCAGAUUCACGAAUAUCAAAAAAGAAGAGUUGGAAAAGGAGGUUGAUGCUAUCAAUCAAAGUUCUGACAGAUAUACGAAUUCACUAGAUCACCUGGGUUCGAAGUUACAGUCCAUCAUUCACAGCAUACAGGAUGCGCGCUCAGGCCUCACUGUGAUUGAGCAUGCCAUCGUACCAGGAUACGGCAAAGCAGAAGGAAAACUGUGCGAAAGCUGUGGUAAUCCUCAACAUGGCCACGGAGACGGACGUGUUUACCUUGCCAUUCCUAUCCCUCGUCUCUGGAAACGAGACAGCAAAUCUAAGCGAUUACGGCCUACAUAUCUGGGCUGGGCAACGGCUAUUUUAGGGUUGUGGUACUUCAUCGAGAGCAUCAUGUGCGAUAUCUACUGCCAUCCUACCAUCGCCGAAGUCUGUGAUGGCUACUGCCUACAACCCGACGCUCCACAAUUCCCCUUUGUGCUACCGACAAUGCUCUGGCGUUGGUCACAUCUUUCCAGCAUUCUGACUCCAAUAAUCACUAUUUGCGUUGCCUUUGGACGCUUGAUAGCGCAAUUACUUGGCUUAUGGGAUGGGUAUGUUGAUGAUAGCAAUGUCGAUUUCAAAUGGCCGGCGUCCUCUUCGUCAUAUCAGAACGAUAUUCCGAUUGGCAGCUUUGAACACCAUGGGGUCAAGAACGGAUUCUUUGGCCUGUGGCCGGGUGGUAGUCAGAAACACUCGACAUCGAGUGUGGUAAAAUCUGCAUUCACAACCACCGCUUCCACCUCCAUACCGACUAUUCUACAAAGCAUCCUUCACGACCCUCACGGUGACAAUGCGGACGAGAGUUUCGAUCAUGAUGAGAUAGUUAGCUGA